AUGAGUAGCAUUUAUCUUCCAUCAUGGACGGAACAGCAGAGCCUAUUCAAGCUAUCAUGUGCCGAUGCGGAAACGUGCAACCAAUUUUCUAGCAUGGACACCCCCAUCCCUUCCCUGCAAAGGGCAGACUCCGAGCUGGCAACUAAGAAAAUGGCCAUCCCGCGGCUUGCUGAAGGAGCAGAGUCAGCAUUUACCUCUCCGGGUAGAUUUCACCGUCGACAUGUCCGUCGAGCUUGCGAGUCAUGCCGACAGCGAAAGACUAAAUGCACUGGAGACAAAUCUGGGUGCCGCAACUGUCGCGAGGCUGGCAUCAUCUGCUGCUAUACAGAUGGCAAGCGAGAGAAGUCUAAACGGUCCGUAGCUAUCUACACUUAUCUGUUACAGACGAAGCUGACCUACUAUUCUUCAUUGAACAGGCAGCUAGCUAGCUUAUCAGCCAAGGUACACGCUUACGAGGACGUUAUCAAAAGACUAAGUAGUCGAUUCGGUGUCUCCGAUGAACAGCUUGUUAACAUUGCCUUGACAGCCGGCGCUGCUCCUGAUCUUACAUUGAAUGGUGAUGGAAAUGGAGCUGGAGAGCAUAAUGUCUCAUGGGACUCAGAGCCCCCGCCAUCUCGACCCUCAUCCACUGCUCCUCUAGAUCUUGUCGAUCAUACAGAAGAAGACUUCAAUAGAGAUGAAACCGCUCGGGCAACCGGAUUUAUUGGAAAGAGCUCUGAGAUCAAUUGGCUUCAGAAGCUCAGCAAAGAGGUCAACAGUGAAUGCGAAGCAUGGUCUGCGAGUAUGUCGAAUUCAGGCGAUGACAAUGGCUUACCGUCGCCCACCUUGACGCCUCGACCUGACAAUCCUGUUGAUGCCUUGAUGGCAUCAGCAAACUUCUAUCUCGAUGACAUGGAUAUUCCAGGAAAAGAUCAAGUUGAUGCCCAUGCUGUUCCGUCACGGGAGACUGCUACAAAGUUUCUUAAUGCUUAUCUUAGCUCGGUGCAUCCGUCUUUCCCAAUCAUUGGUGUCUCUACCUUUGUUUCUCAGUUUCAAGUCUUUUUCAGUCAACCGACGUUGAAACCUGGGGAUAAGUGGCUGGCUAUACUCAAUCUAAUCUUCGCCGCGGCAGCGAAAUAUGGACAGUUGACAAAUGCAGACUGGCAAGGAGGGGAAGAUGAUCAUGAGCUUUACUUUGCGCGAGCAAGAGCUUUGAGCUUGGAAGACCAACUUCUGCACCAUCCUGAUCUGCAACAGCUGCAAGUCGAAGGACUUGCUUGCUUUUACAUGAUCUCGUCGGGGCAUAUUAACCGGGCAUGGAAAUUGUCUGGAAGUGCUGUUCGAGGAGCAUUGGCUCUUGGUCUACAUUUACGCAACGUGGGUUCCUGCACCUCUGAUACAUCCAAAGAGAUCCGCUAUCGUGUUUGGUGGUCUCUGUACAAUGUCGACCAUCUCCUUUCUGUCAUGACUGGACGUCCGUCCUGCAUCACUGAUAACUGCUGCACCACGCCUCUUCCCGUGCCCUUCGAUGAAAGUGACUUCCAGAGAGAGGAGGUUGCGCAACUGAUCAGCACCACGGGACGGGCUGCACUCAGCCCCAUGGACCGGAUUUCUCUUAGUAAUAGCGCAGCCAGCCUGGAGUCUACCGCCGAUUCGGACACCAACGACAAGCCCAUGGAGGCCGACACAAAGAUGAGUCGAGCAGAGUAUCUUAAGAGCUUACCGCCGUGUGUCUCGUUGCAUUUCCUCCAGUUGACAUCCCUCAACACUAUAGCCAAGCGGAUGACGGUGAAACUGUACAGCCCCGAGGCCCUACAGUCACCAUGGGCCAGCACCCAAUUUGCAAUCCAGAGUCUAAUGCUCGAGAUUGAUUCCUGGUUCAUGAACCUUCCGUCCGCGUAUGAUUUCACCUCAACGCAGACAUCACAGUGCCCGCUCGGUCAACGAAUGGGUCUCGCCUUUUUAUUCUACAGUACCAAAAUCGGUAUUACACGUCCUUGUCUGUGCCGACUCGACCCAUCUCCAGCCGAGGGCGAUAAAACCCAUGAAUUCUGCAGCAAAACAGCCGCAGAGUGUGUUGAGUCCGCAUGCCACAUGCUAACCCUAUUCCCGGAUACGCCUGACGCGGCACUACUGCAUCGCAUCUCCCCAUGGUGGUGCACGCUCCACUACUUGAUGCAAGCAGCCACAAUCCUGCUACUGGAACUCGCCUAUCGGGCCCAACAUGUCCCCGAGAAAGCAAUCAUGGUAUCCAAGGCAGCUAAAAAGGCACUGGACUGGCUGUCAACGCUAUCCAAAUCAAACAUGGCCUCCGAACGAGCCUGGAAGCUCUGUAACGGCUUCCUUCGCAGAUUAGUACCCCAUGUCGGAAUUGACGUCGACGACUUCUCAGGCAGCGACAAUGAAGAAUCAUCCGCUACCUCUCUCCUUGAUGCAACAGACCUUGCAGAUGCCGCCGCUUUCGAAGGAGAUCAAACUGUGCAAGACAUUGCCUUCGACCCAUCCGUUACUCUACCAAUCGCUGAUGCUUCAGCCGCUGCGGAAAUAGCUGCGGAGAUGGACUCCCUUGCGUGUUCGCCAAUGGACCAGGCUGAUACUCCACUUGCCAUGCCCGUAUCUUGCAAUCUCGAGCCAGAUCUACUGGAGUUCAUCAAGCCAGAGAAAUCUAUUUCUGGUAGAAGUCCCUACGACAGUUACUUCCCCUAUGAUCCUGCGACAGGCCAGAUUACGGGCUCUUUCUUCCCGACUGGACCGAAUUUGGACUUCGAUCUAGGAUAUACCUGGCCAGAUCCUGUCUGCUGA